AUGCCUCGCAAACAGCGCCUCAAGUUUGACCUCGACCUCACUGUCGUAUCAUCAAAGCCAUACCUCCUCAGCCAGGGGCAUGCCUCAGUGCUUUGGGGAUUGCUCAAGGUCUUCUGGUCACAGGUCGAGUUGCCACCCGUGGCCAUUCUCACCAUUCCGCGUCUCUCCUGGCUAUCUGCUUUUGCAAGGUCAAACGGCCCGAGGGAACGCUUGUCACGCCGCGGGAUGCUUGAUUCACACCCACUACGCAUCUGCGUGCGCCGCGAGCUGCGUGGUGGGCUCAAAAACGACAAGAUGGGAGUAGCCGUCUUGGACCUGGGCGAAUUUGCGGGUCGCUUGGAAGCCCACCGACGUUACCUGUUGCAACCCGAAACCGCCAACACCCGCCAGGGCAAUUCUAUCCUUGAGGUGACUGUCUCCAUGCGGCUCGUGGAUGGGCCGCCCGUCUUCAAAGCGCGCCCAAACCUCGACGAGCUGGAGGCGCAUGAUAGCCUCUUAGACAACGGCCUCUCACUUACCCAGGCUCUUGGUAAGCCCGGCAGGCGCGAGGCUGAGGGCUUCAUGUCUCUGCUAGUUGUCUGGCUUCCGUGCGUUGGCAAGUUGUGCAUGUAUGUGGGUGGACAUGGUGCACUCACGCUUGGUAUCGAAUGCAAUAUGGCGGCUGCAGACGAGCUUGAGGCGUCGCCACACGCCACCAUGACGAGUCGCGGCGCUAUUAGCAACAGCUCGAACGACAGCGCCGCGCGGACUUCACAGCUGAUUGACGAAAUCAUGACACAAUCCUUACAGCAAACCGAAGGUUCUGAUACGAUACGGCGAAGACCGUCCAUAUACGUUGAUGAGGAGGAUGCGGAGGGGAGUGUGGGCCACGCAUCGCUGCGCGAGGGCCAAGGAAAGCCCGGCAAGCAGCGCCGCCAUCCCGAUAAGCGAUCGUGA